AUGCCGUGGGAUGCGCGGCGGCCCGGGGGCGGCGCAGAUGGUGGACCGGACGGCGCGGGCACGGCACGGUCGCAGGCACAGAAGCAGUGUCGCAAGUCGUCGUUUGCUUUCUACCAGGCCGUGCGCGACCUUCUGCCCGUGUGGCUGCUUGAGGACAUGCGCGCCAGCGAGGCCUUCCACUGGGACGAGCGCGGCCGCGCCACCGCCUACUCUCCGUCCGAGGCGCUGCUCUACGCGCUCGUGCACGACCACCAGGCCUAUGCGCACUACCUGCUGGCCACCUUCCCGCGCUCCGCGCUGGCGCCGCCCUCCGCCGGCUUCCGCUGCUGCGCCGCGCCGGGACCUCACGUGGCGCUGGCCGUGCGCUACAACCGCGUGGGCGUGCUGCGUCGUAUCCUGCGUGCCGUGCGUGACUUCCCGGCCGAGGAGCGCGUGCGCCUGCUCGACCGGCGGGGCUGCAGCCGCGUGGAGGGCGGCGGGACGGCGCUGCACGUGGCCUGCGAGCUGGCGCGGCCCGAGUGCCUCUUCCUGCUGCUCGGCCACGGCGCCUCUUUGGGCCUGUGCGACGCCGGCGGCUUCACGCCGCUGGAGCUGCUGCUGCGCCAGUUGGCCCGCGACGCCGGCGCUGGCCCUGUAGCCGGGGCUCCGGCUGCCGCCGAUCCCGGGGAGCUGCGCCAGCGCCGCCUGCUGCUGCUCGACCUGCUGGCGCUCUACACGCCCACGGAGGCCGCCGGCCCGGCCCGUCGCGAGCUGCUGGCUGACCGGCUGCGCUGGCAGCGGCUGCUGGGUGAGGACAAGUUCCAGUGGCUGGCGGGUCUGGCGCCGCCCUCGCUCUUCGUGCGUGCCAUGCAGGUGCUCGUCACCACCAUCUCGCCCAGCCGCUUCCCUGAGGCCCUUGAAGAGCUGCCGCUGCCGCCCUUCCUGCAGCCGCUGGACCUCACAGGAAAGGGCUAG